AUGGCCACCUUCGCAACCAGCCAGCAAUGGCUCCACCAGAGCUCGCUUCUCUUGGAAGCCCGCCCGCACACACCCAAGCCGGCGCGCCGCGUCAAGAAGGCCAAGGACGGCGAGGCCCUGCCGGAUGCGCCGCCAGCCGCCACGAACGCGGUCGGCCAGAACCCCCGCGCCAAGCUGGUGCUCAAGACCGUCGACCCGGCCAGCGGCGUGUGCCUCAAGUACGAGACGACCAAGGCGGCCGAAGUGUCGCGGCUGGUGCAGCUGCUUGGGCAGCUGAGCCGGCGCCAGGCGGGGCUGGUGGCGGGGACUGCCUCAGCCGAGGAGCAGGCGGACGAUGUGGCCAUGGCAGAGGCAGCGGCCACAGCAGCGGACGAGUCGGGCGCAGCACCGUCGCCCGCACCGACGCCGGCGCCAGCACAACAACAACAAGGCGGCGGUGGCGGCGGUGGCGUCAAGGGCAAAAAGAAGAAGGGCAAGCGGUAG